AUGGAUUUCAUAGACUUUGAUUCGUUUCAGCAGGAUGAAAUACCUCAACCACAACCUGCAUUGUCAUUGCCAAUAACAUCAAAUAUUGAAAAUUUAGGUAAGCGUUUUUCCAAUUUUAAUAGUCUAACGAAAACCUUAUUAAAGUUCGAUGAAAAGAAUGAUAGCACAGUUAAUGGAGACGAGUCUGAAGAAAUCAAGUUGGCAGAAAAGUAUGCUAAUUUAUCCUUAAAUUUGAUUAAUAGUUUGGAGGAUGGGAAUGAAGAGGAAAAUGAGACAGACUUAAAUAGGUCGAAAGCGACAACUACCCUAUCAACUAGAUUAUCCAGGGUACUUAAUAAUUCCAUGCCAGAUUCAUUAGUCAGAGAUAUUUUUUCUAAUUUGGACUUGAAAAUUGACAAUAUAGAGGCACUUGUUGAGCCUGGGGUUACAGGAUCUAACUCACGUAAGAAAUUAAGAGGAGAUAUUGAAAACGAUCUUAUUAAGACACAGGGGUUGGUGUUAAAGGAAUAUCAGCCGGUCAUUAAAAAUUUGAAUAGCUUAGAGAAUGAUCUUAAGAAUUUGAAUAAAUUGAGAGACUCAAUCACGGAAAAGGUGAAUAGAGACUUUCAAUCCACUAAGGAUUUGAAUGGUAAGGUCAAAGAUUUGAAUGAUACUAAAAGCUUGAUAAAUUUGAAGAAAGGAUUAUUAAUGAGCUUCAAAAAUAAGUUUACGUUGGAUGUAUAUGAGGAGUAUGUAUUACAAAAUGGAGAAAUUAAUGAUGAAUUCUUCGAGGUGUUGAUUAAAUGUGAAAAAAUUCACGAGAACUGUUCUGUUCUUUUAUCAGUGGACAAUCCACAAUUGGGAUUGAAAAUAAUGGCUAAGUUUAAUCAACUAAUUAAUAAAUCACUAGAGAGAAUCAUUAGCUUUACAAAUAAGACAUUAAAUAAUCUUUAUUCAUUAAAUACUACUACAAAAUUGACAACAUUACAUAAAUGUUUAAAAUUUUUAAAAACCAGGCUAAAUUAUUUUAAUACUGUUGUUGAAAACUUUGUUGACACAAGAUCAAGAUUAAUCAUUGAUGAAUUUUUGAAUCAGAUCAAUGGAGACUUAGAUAAGUCUGGUGACAAUAGGUCAGGAUCUAUCCAACACGAUAGACCAAUUAUUCUAUCUGCUCAUGAUCCUGUGAGGUUUAUUGGUGACUUGUUGGCUUAUAUACAUUCAGUUGUCGUAAAUGAGACGGAAACUAUCAGUAGUAUAUUUUCUAUUAGCAAGGAAGUGGAUGGGAAAGAAAACGUUGAAUAUAAGGAUAUAAUCGAUGAUGUUACGGGAAGAAUAUUGAAUUCGUUGUCGAGAUCGGUCAAGUCUAAAAUUGAACAAAUUAUAUCUUCUGAAACUAAAUUAACAACGAUUUAUUCUAUUUACAACUUGGUGGAAUUAUAUACUAUAAUGUUUGCAAAGCAUCUCAAAGAGUCUUCAAAUGACAAACAUAAUUUGUUGACCACUGUAAGAGAAUUGGUCAAAUCUUCACAGAAUAAAAUUACAACUAUUAUUCAAAACAAAUUGACAACCAUAAAGUCAAGUAACCUGGCACAGCUAGAAUUAAAUUCAGAUUUACAGCCACCAGAAUGGAUUAUUGAAUUUUAUUCUGAUAUUUUACCUAUCAUUGAUCAGAAUACUUCAGAUACAUUUAUGAAUUUGCUGACAGAAGAUAAUGCAGAAUUCAUGAACAUGAUCAUAAAUCAACCCAUCGAGAUUUUCAAUGGACAUAUUGAAAACAAUAUUUCCAAGAUGUUUAAUAGAAGAGAUCAAGUUGUCUUGAAGUUAAAUUUUUUAGAUUUAAUUCUUUCUAAGAUCAUGCCCAUAAUACUAUUAUCAGAUAAGAUAUUAGAAUUAAAUGAUUUAACCGAAAAAUUAUCAUUAGAAUUAACAAACUUGCAAUUGGAUAGUUUGAUAAAUGGCUGCCAACUAACUGAUUUUUACAAUAUCAUUAAUAUGAUAUGCCCAUUCUCUGAUGACUUUUUUGAUGUUUCAAUUUAUCAACCCAUCACUGAAAAUAAAUUAUUCACUAAAGAUAAGAUAAUGGGAACCAAUGAUAUUAUUCAAACCUUUUUACCCUCUGCAUUAAUCGAUAUACAACAGUCUUUAUUCAAAGUAAACUCGCCUAUGAUUGUCAACAACAUUAUAACAAACUCUUCGCUUGAGUUUAUUAAAUUCUAUUUGAAAUUCAAUUUGAUAAUAAAUGAAUAUUUAGAUGAUGUACUGUUGAUCUGGUCCGACAUUGAGGUUGCUACGUUAUUGGGUAUGGAAGAGCCAUAUCAACUGGCCAAAAAUUCGAUGAAUUUUGAAUAA